CCGCCGUUAAUUGUAAACGCCCGCAUCCUCUCCUCGAUCUUCCAACAGCGUGGCUAAAGGCUAUGGCGUCGACCGAGUUCUGUGUCACCUUAAAUUUAUGAGCCAAAACUCCUGAAAACUCCAAAAAUCUUACGAAUUCCGAUGAACUGGACCUAUUCACGAAUUUUCACGGAAAUUGGCUGAACGAGGUGUGAGAAGAUGAAUAAACGACGAAGGACGUCUUCGGUAGCUAGUCGAGGGACGGAGGACGAUCCCGAGGAAAUACAACCCGAACCGGCGAAGAGGAGAAAGAAAUUAGACCCUAGUGACUUGUGCCAACAACUCUACGACACAAUCCGCAACCAAAAAAAGGAAGAUGGAACCCUGCUCUGCGACGCCUUCAUCCGUGUCCCAAAGCGUCGUCAAGAGCCCGGCUACUACGAAGUAGUCUCCAACCCCAUGGACCUACUAAAGGUGCAACAAAAACUGAAAACUGACGAGUACCGAGACAUGGAAGACCUUGCAGCAGACGUUAAUCUGAUGGUAACCAACGCCAAGGCCUUCUACAUGCGCACCUCUCCUGAAUACAAGGAUGCUACUGACCUCUGGGAACUCUGCGUUUCCACGAAAAGUCGAAUAAUGGAGGAGUACGAAGAGACCGAGCCAAAGGGAAAAAUAAUCCUCAAAGUUGGAAGAUUCUCUCGCAAAGCCGCAGCGAAGCAGGACGAGUCUGAAGACACGUCAGAGAGUUCGACGAAUCCUGAUGAGGAGAUGCAGCCUUACGAAGACCUCUUCAUGGCCGUGAUGACAGCAACAGAUCCAACGGACAACAACAGACCACUCCACACGGUUUUCCAAUUGAAGCCAUCAAAAAAAUUGUACCCAGAGUACUACGACGUUAUCGACAAUCCAAUAGAUCUGAAGACCAUCGCCAGAAAGAUCCAAGAGGGAAUGUAUACCUGCCUGAGUGAGAUGGAGAGAGAUCUGUUGCUGAUGUGCCGGAAUGCAUGCCAAUUUAACGAGCCUGGAUCACAGAUUUACAAGGAUGCAAAAUUGUUCAAGAAGAUCAUUUCUUCCGCUGCUAGGAAACAAGAGCCAGGUUCCAGUAUCCUCUCCAAACUGACAACCCCUUCCACGAGAAGCAAAAGAGGAAGCCGAGGGGGACAAUCGUUGAUCGCUCAAACUGCUGCACUGCCUGAUGAGGAUGAGGAAAGCGAUGAUGAGGAUGACGAGUCUGCGGAGGUCGAUGAGAGUGACAAUGCACAAUGGCAACUGUUCCAGACAAUUAGAACUGCACCUAAUAGUCAAGGAGUUAGAAUGAGCGAAUACUUUUGGAAGCUGCCAUCAAAACGAAUGUAUCCGGAUUAUUAUAAGAUGAUUAAAAAUCCCAUUUCGUUACUCCAGAUUAGAUCGAAGAUUAAGAAGGGGGAGUAUGGGACAGUGAGUGAGGUCGCUGGGGACAUGAACAUCAUGUUCGAGAACGCGAAGAAGUACAAUACGCACACUUCUCGUCUGUACAAAUGCUCAGUGAAACUGCAGAAAAUAAUGCAAGAGAAGGUCCAAGAACUUUUGGAAUUCGAUCAGGACUCUGAUUCCGACUGCGAAUCAGAAACAAACUCUCAACCCAAACUACUGAAACGUGCCUCAAACAUGCUGACCAGAGGCAAAUACAAGGACAACAUUCCCCUGAAGAAGCGUCUCCACGCCCUCGUUAAGUGUGUAAUAGAAUACGUGUGCGAGGACGGUAGGCAGCCUAUGCUGAUGUUUAUGGAAAAGCCCUCCAAGAAGAUUUAUCCAGACUACUAUCAGGUGAUAUCAGAACCCAUCGACAUGCUACAGAUUGAAGCGAAUAUAAAAUCCGAAAAAUAUCAGAACGAGAACGAACUCAUUCAAGACUUCAAAUUAAUGUUCAACAACUGUCGCCAGUACAACGAAGAGGGUUCCUUGAUUUCCGAAGACGCCAACACAUUGGAACGAGUCUUGAUGGACAAAGUGAGAGAACUAGGACCACUGCCAGACAAUCGUAAAUCCAUGAAUCUAACUCCAACGAGAAAUGUUGGUCGACCAAAGAAAAUUGUGCCCCUUCAUCUCCAAAAGCUUCGAACGAUGUAUGACACGAUAAAAGAAUAUCACGACGCAAAGGGACGUCAGUUAUCUCAGAUUUUCAUGAAAUUACCCAACAAGAACGAAUACCCAGAUUAUUACGAAGUGAUAAAACAGCCCAUGAACAUGGAGAAGAUUGCCUCUACCCUGAAAGCUAAUGGAUACGAGAGCCUGGACGAACUAGUCUCAGAUUUUAUCCUGAUGUUCGAUAAUGCCUGCAAGUACAACGAGCCUGACUCCCAGAUUUAUAAAGAUGCCUUAAUCCUGCAACGUUUGGUACUUCAAACAAAAUUACAAUUGAGUGAGGACGAGGAGAGUGUUCCAGAUGUUCCAGCAGCAGUCCAAGAGAUAUUGGCUACAAUUUUCACUGCUUUGUACAAUCAUCAGGACGAAGAGGGUCGUUGUUACUCAGAUUCAAUGGCUGAAUUACCAGAACAUGACAUCAUCGAUGGUAAAAAAAUCAGAGGAUUGUCGUUGGAUCUGAUCAAACGUAGACUGGAUAAAGGGGUUUAUAAGAGACUGGACAGGUUCCAGGAGGAUGUCUUCUCUUGUCUAGAGAGAGCACGACGCCUGUCUAGAACAGAUUCCCAACCAUUUGAGGACUCUGUUGAACUUCAGGCAUUCUUCUUGAGAACUCGAGACGAAAUAACUCGAAGUGGAGACCUUCUACACUCACCAGCACUCAAUUACACCCUCCUAGACCUUUCUAAUCAAGUAGCUGAGUUGAAACGUCUGAAAUUCCAGCAAGAAUCGUCGUUACCCCUUGAGGAAGAGUCCUGCGAUGGUAAUGAAACGAAGGAAACUGAAGCGAGUCCCGUUCCAAGUGUAAAUGUCAGUGAAAAUGGUGGCACUAUGAGUUUCAAUCAAGAGACGUACAGAGCUGGUGAUUUUGCUUAUAUUGAACCAUCCGAAAGGGGCAUGGAGUGCUCUGUUGUCCUGAUCUUAAGACUCUGGACGAAUGCUGAGGGCCAACAGAUGUUGUAUGGAAACGUGUUCUACCGGCCUAGUGAGACUUAUCACGUUGCAUCGAGGAAAUUUCUUGACAAGGAAUUAUUCAAGAGUGAUAUACAUAUUGCUGUGCCUCUCAGCAAGAUUGCUGGCAGGUGCUGUGUACUCAGUGUUAAAGAUUAUUUCAGAAUGCAACCUGAGGGAUUUCUGGAGAAAGAUGUCUAUGUGUGUGAGUCGAGGUACUCUACCAGGGCUAGGAGUUUUAAGAAGAUCAAAAUUUGGAAUUUCGAUCCUGACAAUUUGAAAUUAGUCCCUAGGGAUAAGAGUUUGGAACCUAAACGAGUUAUUUCGGUUUAUAAAGAGAGGCUCGAAAAACAUAAGGAGGAAAUUGCUGAGCUGGAGGAGGGGGAGAGAAUUAUGGAGAAGGAGAAGCCAAAUGUUCUGCUGUUUGAUACUGGAGAUAGUGAAAAUACUUAUUAUGAGCAGUUCAACACGUGCGGAGGCACGGUGAAGACCGGGGACUUUGUUUAUGUGGCAACAGAGGGUGGCAGACAGCAGAUUGCACAGAUUGACUCACUGUGGAGUACUAAGGACGGAAAGGGAUAUUUCAAGGGACCAUGGUUGUUGACACCGCCUGAGAUUCCCCAUGCUCCAACUAAACUGUUUUAUAAGCAGGAACUGUUCUUGUCAGUUAAUGAGUGCACCCAUCCCAUCGUGGCAAUUGUAGGAAAAUGUGCUGUACUCGAUUAUGGAGAGUACAUCUGUAGUCGACCCACAGAGAUACCUGAGGAUGAUGUAUUCAUUUGUGAAUCAACCUACGACGAGAGUAAGAACUUGAUGAGAAAACUGAAUCAAGACGGUUUAAAAAAAUACAAUCACACUUCAUCAGUAACCGAGGAUGAGAUUUACUUCUUCAGAAGGCCUAUAAACCCUGCAAAGGUAUCGAGCGAUGUGGCACAGGCACAAUCACCCGUCAAGUCAAUCGUAUCCAGUACAGCUCAGUUUGAAAUGGAAGCAUCACCAUUGCUACCGAAGCUGGAAGCCGAAGUGCUAGGAAUGGGAGUGGGAUUAGGCGUAGGGGAGGACAGCAUGGAUGCAGGUGGGCCACCGUCCGUUGGUUCCACCGAAGCUCAACCGGUGCUCUCCAAUACUCAAACGCCUGUAUCUACUAAAAAGAAAACAACGGGUAAGAAAUUAGUUACGGGAUAUAUUUUGUAUUCGAGUAAAAUGCGAACGCAAAUUACUCAAAAUAAUCCUGAUUCGACGUUUGGCGAGAUUAGCAGAAUUGUUGGCAAUGAGUGGAGAAAAUUGCCAGCUGGUGAGAAACAGGCGUGGGAGGAACGAGCAGUCAAGAUGAAUGAGGGUGGCGAGGGAAAAACCCCUGGUGCGGGGGCUGGUAUACCAAAUGAUCAGGUCUACGAGUGCUGUUGGGACAAUUGUGAUUGGCAAUUCGAGGAUAUGACGGAUUGUAUUGAUCAUUGUAUUGCUGAACAGAGUGGACAUGUGCAAUCGUCAUUCAUCAAUGCAGCUCCUGACGCCUCUGAGUUCCAGUGCCAAUGGAGAUCUUGUGGGAGAGUUAAAAAAGCAGUGCCACCAUUUCCAAGUGUACAGAGACUCGCGAGGCAUGUCAAAGAAGUGCAUAUUCUCAAGGGAAAUGGAAGAAUAAUUCCUCCCAAUGAAAGAAGCAAGAAUUUUAUGGCAUCGAAAGGACCAACGAUACUCCCACCAAUGGAAUCAGAGAGUAUUCCUUGUUUUUCAGUUGCACCCACAGUGACUCCACCGACUCCACCAAACAAUACCCCAGCGGUUAAGCAACCAGAGCCAUUAUUUGUAGCUGUUCCCCCGAGACCAAGUCGUGUCCUCCACUCCGAUGCAUAUUUAAGAUAUAUCGAAGGCUUAAACGUAGAGAAUCGUUACAUAUCUAACUGGGACAAGCAGAUGAAUGCAACACCUGAGAAUACACAGAUUCCUGAUGUAGCAAAACUACCAGCCGAGUGGCUUGGCAAUGGUGUUGGCAAUCAUGGUAAUGUCGUUAAUGCCUUGUGGACACUCAGAAACAUGAUGAUGCGGGAUGUGUUAGCCAUCAAUAAAACUUUAUAGUUUAUCAAUCGUUAAGAUCUAUAUUCGUUCAUAUUUUAUGAUACCUUGAAUAAAAAAGAAAAAGGAGAGAAGAGAGAACAAAACGAGUGACAAAUGAUUACUUAUGGAACAAUUAGAACAGUGCUACGUUAAGACUGACGUUUGAUUUUUUUUUCAAUUAUGGAAAAUAAUUUUCUGUCAAUUGUUCAUUCUUAAUUCUCAUUUGAUUCAUUACACCAUUUUUUUGUAGUAAAUUAAGUCGAUGUGGAAUUUCUAUUGUUCUUAGGUAAAAAUGAUAUUUUUUCUGUUUUUUUUUUUCAAGCUUAAGGAUUUUUGAGGAUUAAUCUCUUAUUUUCCAAACUAUUAUCGUCGUUUGCUGUUCGUGAACAUAAAUUUCAUCAAUAACGAAAGGUCUAAUUCCAGUAUUGACACUAAUGUAACAAAUUUAAGAAAAAAUGAUUGGUAUUAUUUUGUAGAUUAAAAGAGAAAUGAAUUAAGAUUGUUAUAAUUUCCUUUGUACUUUGGGAUAAACGAUUUUAUAUCUUAUAACAAAAAAAUGGAAGCCACAUUGACAAGUA